UUUUUUACACCACUCUUUUUUUCAACUCAACCUUCAAUUAUACAUUGCAACACAUAGACCAUGGUUUUGAAGCACAACAACCAAUUGCCUAACCAGCACUUCCGCAAGCAAUGGGACCGUCGCGUUAAGACUUGGUUCGAUCAAGCUGGUCGCAAGAAGUCUAGAAGAAUCGCACGUGCUCAAAAGGCUGGCCGUGUUGCUCCCAGACCUCUUGACGGUCUCCUCCGUCCUGCUGUUCGUUGCCCCACUGUCCGCUACAACAUGAAGUUGAGAGCUGGUCGUGGUUUCACUCUUGAAGAACUCAAGGAAGCUGGUAUCCGCCGUAAGGAAGCUCGUUCCAUUGGUAUUGCUGUCGACCACCGUCGUCGCAACAGAUCCAACGAGUCUCUUGAACUUAACGUUCAACGCUUGAAGGCUUACAAGGCUAAGCUCAUUGUCUUCCCCCGUAAGGCUACUAGCCCCAAGAAGGGUGAUGCCGAAGCUGCUGAAGUUGCCACUGCUGUUCAACUCCGUUCUCCUCUCUUCCCUGUUGAACAAGUUGCUGCUGGCCCUGAAGCCCGUGCCAUCACUGCUGAAGAAAAGAACGCCAGUGCUUACAUGAAGCUCCGUUAUGCUCGUUCUGCUGCCCGUACCCUCGGUGCCCGUGAAAAGCGUGCUCGUGAUAAGGCCGAAGAAGAAGCCAACAAGAAGAAAUAAAUUGUUUAGCUAAAAUUGUGAGCGUAUGCAACAGAAAAAAUAAAAAGACUUGAAGAUGCAUCAUUAUAUAUAUAUACAUACAUAUUCAUACAAUAUAAAGAUCUUUUGUUAUUCAUUGUCAAA